CUUCAGGCUCCAAAGCCCGCAUUAAUCUCCCAACAAAGAUCACAGAGAAAUUGAGAGAGAUCGAGAGAGAGAGAGAGGUAUGCUGGGAAGAGUAAGAAGACCAUCGAUUAGCUCGUUGGAGCAAUUGGAGAUGGAGAGGCAACCUCCCAAGCUCAUCAAAACCGAUUCUCUCUCAGUUUACGAGACCACACUACUCAAGUUAAAAGAAGGCUCGCGGCGUGAAUUAUGCUUCUGUCUCGAAGAUUCAGCUAGUGAAAACAUGAUUCCUCAUACAGAAAACAGCUCUAAAGGAGGAGAGGAAGCAUCUCCACUCGAUGGCAAUUCUUGUUCUGGCGGUUCAACUGAGGAUUCGCCAAGACAACAACAAGCGGCAAGAUAUUUUUCACUUCCCUUCCUGUUUUUAAGGUACGGAGUCUCUCGCGGAAGAGUAAGAUCAGAUGAUGGGGAUGGGAUGCUUAGUGAGGAUUAUAGUUGUUCCCCUGAAAAUGGUUCACCCUUUCUUGGCAAUCCCCCAAACAUCAUGCCACCAAAUGCAACUACUCUCUCAUGAUAUUUUUUUUUUUUGUAUAAUUUGAUUUUUUUGAUAAAUUGUGUAACUUGUUUGAAAUUUAAUUUAAAAUAUGGCUCAUGUUUUCAUCAUGAUUUUCACUAAUAUUAUUAAGAAAUUUUGGACACCAUU